UCACGGCGUUGGUUAUAAAAUCGGCGCCAAACGCAGUUCUUUUCCAUCCAAGGCUUCGUACGGUGAAGUUGUCCGAGUUGCUAGAGUUCGCACCCCCCCCUCACACCCAUGCCCCUGCUUGGCGACGAGUGUUUUCUGUUAAACUUUUCCCGAAGUGUACGUGCCCUGCGAGCGUGUGUCCAACGUGUGCGCGGUAUGGUGUCGACCGGUACGGCAAGCGCCAACAACGAAACGGAUCUCGGAAUUAACGCGCCUGCCUCGAUGUAACAAUUGUUUUGCACGCGUCCGUCAUUCUGUCCAGUUGUCGUCGGCGGCGGUACCGCUUGUUGUGUGUCCCGUUCCGUGUCUGUGUGUGUGUGAGAGUGUGUGCAUAUGUGACUGUGAGUGUGCGCGUCCUGUACAUUCAGUGACUUUUCCUUUUAUUCUGGCGGCAGGGCAAACAAAGUGAGGUUACUUUGAAGGGCCGACGCGGGACUGAGAAUAAAACUUUCGAUCGCGUCUUGCCUGCGCCAACCCGCCCCCGCGCCCCCUGUGCUGCGUGUGUUGCAAAAUUAGCGUUUUUUGUGUACGCGCGAGUGUGCGUGUGCUUGUGCGUGAUUGUUGUGUUGUGUCGCUCCUGUCAUCCCCUUUCCGAGAAGGCCAAACGCCCCGCUCGCUGACAUCCGAUCUAUCGCAAUCAACCAGCUCCGCUCGGUGGUCAAGAUGGUAGACGACGCCAAGAGUGAAAACAGCGCGCCGAACGAAGGCACACCCUUCGUCCGCAAUCCGGCCAACUGUACCUCGCCGUACUCGGUGGACGUUCUGCUGUCGCCCUUCCUCGGCUCGAUGGGAGCGACCGAGGGCCUGUCGCUGAUACGCAUCAAGCGCCCGCAGCCGUCGCGCACGGCCGGCUCGCCGGGAUCCACGACCCGGUCGCCCUGGUCGAUCCGGCUGAUGUCGCGCCGGCACGAGUGCACCUUCACCUACUACUACCAGGUGCUGCUGCUGGACGAAGCGAAACUCAUCAGAAACCUGAGCUGCCCAUUCAUUGCCGGUGCCGAUUUGGUGAAGGGCGAACUGGCCGACUACAAGUGCCAGCUGGCGAUGGAGUACUGUAAGGUCGAUCUGGCCUACAUCCUUUCGCUGCGCUACGGCGAGGACGGCGCGGACGGCCCACGGCCGCUGGACGUCCCGCGGGCGACCAAGGUGGUCGAGAGCGUGCUGGAGGCACUGAGCUUCCUGCACAACGUCGCCGGCCUGCUGCACGGCGAUCUGAAAUCGUUCAACGUGCUGGUGCAGGGCGACUUCGAGGCGGUGAAGCUGUGCGGGCUGGGCCGCAUGAGCCACAAGGUGGACGGGGACGGCACGGUGGAGGGAUGGUCGGCGGAAACCGUCAGCUCGACGGUGGCGCUCGGCCUCUGGUCCGCCCCGGAGCUGUUCGAGAACAGACCCGGCACGACCAAGGCGGACAUCUGGUCGUUCGGGCUGCUCGUGUUCGAGCUGCUGACCGGCUAUCCGCCCCACACCUUCCCGGGCGUGAUGGACAAAGCGCUGGCCGAGCCGAACGAGGUGCUCGGCAUGCGCAAGCCGGCCGGCCGCCGCAACUCGGACGUGGUCGUGAUGGACGAGGACGACACCGACUGCGUGAUGGUGGAGGACGAUCCGGUCAAGCAGCAGAAGCGGCUGAAGGCGGACGUACCGUUGGUGCUGGCCCGCAAGCGGGCGUCCGAAUUCCCGCCGCUCGGCAACAGCGACUACAUGCUGGAGGCGGGCGGUGCUGGCGGAGCCGCCGGAGCAGAAACGCAAGGUUGGAUGAAGCGGUCCAAGGCGGAGGACGGCAGUGCGGCGGAGGGCACCGGCAACAACAAGCAGCUAACGAUCGAUCUGCUCAACGACGAGGACGACGCACCGAAGGAGCAGGAGAAAAACGGGCUGCCGAACCUAGAGGCCACCACCACCACCACCCCCUCGUCGACCGCAGCACCGAUCGAGCCGGCAGCGGGAGCGGUCCAGGGGGAGGUAACCUCGUCCGAGGCGCAGGCGGAGGCGCCCGGCGGCGAGCAGGCCCUGCCGCUUGCUGCGGCGAAGGUUGAAGCCGCGGUGGCUGCCUUCGCCGAGGGCACGGCGCCCGGCGGGGGAGAGAACGUCCCGGGCGAGGCGGCAGCAGCGGCAGCCGGCAAGGGUAAGGCUGGCGCCGUCGGCGGCACCCCGCCGAAGAAACCGGUCGACGAUGUCGUGAUGGUGCUGGACAGCUCGGACGAGGACGAGCCGGACUUCCGGGGCAGCCAGCGGCCGCGCGAAGUGCUGACCGACGAGGACAGCGAAAUCUACGACUCGUUCGACCAGGACGAAUGCUACGACGACGAGGUGGACGACGACGAGCCCGUCUCGGAGAUCGAUUCGGAGCUGGAGGAUGACAACUUCAUCAACUACGCUAGCCUCGGCACGCGCCCCCCGAUCCCGUCCGACAUUCCGCUCGGGGCGGAGUAUCGCCGGCUGCUGGAAGUGUUUCUGGUGUGCACCCGCGAGAACCCGGCCGACCGCCCGACCGCCAAACUGUUGCUCGGUGCCAUCAAGCUCAGCGCAGACACGCCAGCACCACCAGCAGCAGCAGCAGCAGCAGCAGCAGCAACGCCACAAUCAACCUCCCCAGAUCAACCGCCAAACAACUAAACGUGCUGCGGGUGUGCACUGCGUCGCAGUUACUUGUACAUUCAACGAUAUGCACACAUAUUCCAUUACCUUAUAAGUUUGUGGCAAGCUUUGUCUUUGUAAUCGUUCGAGGAGCGAAGGCUGUUAGAUUUGUAGCGUUAGUAGUAUUCGAUUUUCUAUCGCACCUCAAGAAGGAGGGGAGCAUUGUUGCAUGUACAUAGGAAACUGUCCGUUGUUUUUCGGAUUAAUUCUUUCUUUCUUUCUCUUUUUUUUUUUUUUUGGCAAGAAGGCUCAUGGUACGAAAAUCCAGCUUGACAAAUAGCCGGUCUGAGAUGGACACGUGCUUCUUCUUUUUUUCACUUUCACUCCGACGAUCACAGUUACGGGUCGUCUAGGUUACUGCAAGGAUGGCAGGGAGAAUUACACUAGUUAGGAAAUAGUUCGCCAGUUGAACCCCUUAACGCGGGGGAGGUUCAGUUCAGGAUUGAUCUCUCCCGCCUGUGCCCGCGCGCUGUUCGAUCUCUGUGAGCAUUGGUAUAGGCGCAGGAGAAACGGGCCAGAGAACGGACGAACAGGGGAGGAAACAUGCUGGCAAAAGGAGUGGGGAAGCGUUUCCUUUUCUACUCAUUAUUUAAAUCAUUUCACUAAAAACAAACCUCAUCGGUAAUCUCUCUCGCGCGCGCGCGCGCGUCAGCGUCUUAGGGAAAGACAGCUGCAAUUCGAACCGUUUUAGUGCGAGAGAGAGGACACACUCACCUACACUUUAAACCUCUUUCACACAGAGGAACAAAAAGAAGCAUAUGGUAGACGUAAAACAGACAGCUAGAAGCAGAGAACCGGACAAGGCUCUAUCACUCAUGUAGAAUGGAUGUAAAUGUAAUGUAAUGCGUGUGUGUGUGCGGGUGUGGUAGGGCUUAGUCAGUGCGCUGGUAUGAAGACUCGUUAGCCGUACCUAUAUAUUGUUAGGUAAAAGAGAUAGGGAAAAUUCACUAACCAGCUAACUGUACAGCUUGUAAAUAUGUACAAGGUAAGACUUUUCGUAACUUAUCUGUCCAUUUCAUGAGUUGACUCGAGCGCAAAAUGCUGUAUGAUGCAUUAAUCAUACCGCUCUAUGUGCGCUCAAUUCUGAAAUGAACUAUGAACCUGUUUUCGAUCGAAAUGCUCAGUGCGAAACGUCAGUCAGGCAGUUUAAAACAAACAAGAAACAACACAUUUUACCAAUCUUGGCGCGCGCCCGCCCCAUUUUUCGUUCCCUAGCCCUUCGCGGGCACAUUUUACCGAACAGAAUUAGACAUCACCAUUGAAUUCCUUCGUUUUUUUUUAUCUUCAAAACACUAACCACACUUUUCUAAACUAAAAGGGCGUUGUUCGUUUAAAUGCAUUUGAUUUUCAUUACCUUUACACGUAAAAACAACAGCGAGCUGUGCGCGUACAUGCGUCAGAAGGGUCGGAUAGAGAGCGGGAGAGGGCAGCAUCAGAGGCGCAAUUAGGUUUGACUUUUCAUUUUUUUUUUA